UACAUGGUACAUAGUGACAUCAUUACAAUUUUUAAAUGUGAAUUCGAAUUGAAUCAAUUUUUAAAAUACUAAUAUGUAUGCUUAGUGAUGAUUUUUUGACGAAAAUUUCAAAAAGAAAAUUUGAAAUUUAUAUUAUUUACUAGAAUGACAAAUAACAGUAGUCACUGAUAUUCAUUUUAACAAAGGUAUAUUUUGGUUGUAAUAUAUAAAGCAAUAAUAUGGAUAUUAUUUAUACAAUGAUUCGUGCAGUGUUUAAACAGCUUAAGCAACAUAACACCGAUGAACAAAUACAUGACGUCGCGUUGUCUGAUAGACCAAAUUUGAGUACGUUUAGUGCAUAUUCAUCGUUGAUACCUUAACUAAUAACCACGAAUGAUUUACGUUUGCAUAUUUAUCUUUAUCGGUUUGGUUUUUAUUACCACGACACAUGUUAGUUGGCAAUAAUUAUUACGAAUAUCAUGUAGCGCGUAAAAGGAGCCAUUCCACAAGCCGGAACACUUUAUAAAAAGUGUGAAGCACCAUGAGCGACGUUCAUCUAGAAGACUUGUUCUACGAAUGUGAUCGAAAUGGCGAAGGGAAAAUUGGCCCAGAAGAAUUUCAACAAUUAUGCGCCAAAUUUGAUAUCGAACCCAGCGAUGCGGAUGUGAUAUUUUCAGAUCUGGACCGUGACGGUGAUGGACAAAUAUGUCUGGAAGACUUUGCGAGUGGAUUUCGUGAUUUUUUAUCUCCUGAUAAAAAAGACAAACCCAACGAAUUUAUGCAUCGUGGGCAAUUCGAAAAGAGGAACUCACAAGCCUGGUCAAAUUUUGUAGCUGUUAUCGGAGAGCCAGCUUUAAAAAAACUAUUCCAUACGAGUGGAAAAAAAUUAGCAGAUUUGUACAUGGAAAUUCAGAACUGUAGUCCAUCGUCAGAACUAAUAACACAAUUCGAGGGAGCUUUGAGUUCGUUAAUGGAAGAUGUUAAACGAUUACACGAAGAUAAUGAAAAACUUGAAAACAUGUUUAAUCGCGAACGUCAAACACAUCUAAUAAGACUACGAGGCUUAGAAGAAGAAAUAGAUGCACAAGUAGCGAAAGUUGAAGCUCAAGCUAGAGACGAAGCAAGAGAACAAUUUGAAUUUGAAAAAAGAGAAUUAAUGAAAAAAAUGGAAGCCGAAACAAUAGAGCUAAAAACACAUUUGAAAUUGUUCCAAAAGGUGAACACUGUGUUAAGCCAAAAAAAAGUAGACAAAAACGAUAUGGACGAGACCAUAGAAGAAUCAAGAGAACUGAGACGCAAAUUAAUUGACACCCAAACUAAUUUGGCAGUGGUUCGUUCCGAAAUGGAAAAACUUAGAGCUGAAUACGAAAUUAAAUGCGAGGAGUUCAACAACAAAAUGCAAAUAAAUAUUGAUCCUCUGGAAGAACAAAGUGGAGCACAAUAUACUAUAAAACGACUAAUGGACGAUAUUGACAGCGGGCGGUCUACUCUUGUAGAACCAAAUAAUUAUUAUCAAAGGGAUCUACAAGAUGAGCUCUCAAGUGCAUCUUCAAUCAACGCACCUUACCAUUCAGCAAAAACGAUAGAAUUUGAGGAAAUGAGUUUAUCCGGUCGUGAUUCACAUAAUAUGAUGCAUUAUCAUACACCAGCAAGUGCAAUGAGUAUAAGUAGUUAUGAUAAUAUGAUGGGCGGUGAUCCAGAAAGAACAUAUAAAAUUGUAUUCGCCGGCGACGCAGCUGUUGGAAAAACGUGUUUCAUACACCGUUUUUGUAAAGGAGUAUUCUCCUCAAAACUUGGAUCUACUUUAGGUGUCGAUUUUCAAAUGAAAACAAUCAGAGUUGAUGAUAGAAAUGUAGCAUUACAGUUAUGGGAUACAGCUGGACAAGAAAGAUUUCGUUCCAUUACAAAAGCGUAUUUUCGAAGAGCAGAUGGAGUCGUUUUACUUUAUGAUGUAACUAAUGAAAGAUCUUUUAUCAAUAUUCGUCAAUGGGUUUUAUCGAUUACGGAAGUAUCUGAUAAGCAGUUACCGAUUUGUAUUUGCGGUAACAAACUGGACUUACGGCGCGAGGCAGAGUUGCAAGGACUGACUUGCGUGUCCACAGAUCAUGGUGAACUUUUGGCUAAGGAUUACGACGCAGCAUUUUUCGAAACAAGUUCCAAACUAGGAACGAAUAUUAAUAAUGCAUUGAUUACACUAUGCAGAGAAAUGUUGAUUAGAGAAGAUGUUGAAGUUCAAACGUCUGCUUUAUACAUCGCAGAACAAAAACAUCAUAGAUUAAACCCAAAUUGCUGUUAAUAACUACACAUAUUUAAUAAUUAAAAUAAUCUCCAAUUAUACUAUUUAAAUAACUAAACAUAUAUAGGUAGGUACGGGCUACAAAAAUAUAAUACUAUAUAUAUAAAAUAUUUUGAAUAUUUUGUUCGACAUAAUAAUCGUGAAAUCCAAUAAUAAUAAAAAUAUAAUAGGUAUGACUUUGUUUUAAAUAUGAAAUAUCUUCUAUAGUUAAUAUUACAAAAAUAUGUAAAAUAAUAUAUAAGUUCACAUUUUGUUAAAUAACAAUAAAAUUCGAACAAGAAUAAUAUUACAUUUCAAAAUUAAUUAUUUUUUAGUAAAAUUAUAUUAUUGGAAUGAAGUAAAAUUGAAAAAAAUUAAUAAAUUAUACACAAUGUGUUUAAUAUGAUAUAAUAAUGUGUACCUAUCGUCAGAGAUUUUAACAAUGCAAUUUUUUCGUACAAUAACUAAUAAGUGACUUCAGUUUCUCGAAGAGAUUAAAACGGGGGUGACAUGCAUUCUAAGCCUUUAAAAAAUCCCUAUGCUUGUACGUAAAAGCUUCGACUUUGAAUUGAAAAUUGUUAUCUAUUAAAAUAAUUAUUUCCCAUCUAAUUUCAAAAUAGUACUAUUUAAGAAAUUGUAUUAAGUUAUUAUAUGAAAUAUUUUUCAGUUUCAUAAAUAUAUUAUCAUACAUAUGAGUAUCUACUUAGCUUAAUUACUUUUAUCAUUUCACUAUUUCUUAUGUAUAGUUAUAAUAGUUAUAUAACUACUUUUAUUAUAUAAUAAUAAAAAUAUUAAUAUCUAUUUAAUUUAAUUUAAUUAUAGCUGUUAUCUGUAUUCUGUAUAUGCAUAAAUAUAUAUUUACAUACACAUA